AUGCCACGUACUCGUGCUACUGCUACCUUUCCUGUAGAGGAGUCAAAGUCAGAUCAAAAAAAGACUUUGACCCCUGCUGAAACUCCUAGCAAAACAUUCAUAUUACCUACAGGUACCAGCGCCGACGCGCGCCUGCUCUUCCUUCCGAACCCGCAAUCGGGAGAACUCACUCGCUACUUUUUCUGUCCAAACCGAGGUCUUUACGAGCUUACAGUCGUCACUGCGCCUUCUCAUCAAGGUCGAAGUAUUCUAUUCACCUCGACGCGCGACUCGACUUCUGACACUGAGGAGAAGAAGCCUGCUACAACUGGUUCAAUUUCGAAGAAUGCGGACCUCCUCGUCGCAACUCCAAUUGACCCGAUCUUCUUCCUAAUUCCUCUCUUGACCGCUUCAUCUAAGUCAGGUCAAUCUCUUUUCCAGCUUUUGGACGACAUCAUUGACUCCAACGACGAUCUUCCUCCCCAUUUCCGCCAUGUUCUUUACGACGACAAGUUCCGAGCUACGCUGCUUGCGCGCGCAGAAGCUACGUGUGAUACGGUGGAAGCUGGGGACGAAAAGAUGCUUAGAUUCAAUGAAUCAAAGUUGUUGAAAGAAUUGAUUGCGAAGUCGGAGCGAAUGGCUGCGCAAGGCUUGCCUGCAAGUCUGGAGGAACGGUUCAUUUCUCAAGCAUUGGCUGCUCCACUAAUGUCUGUCAAGCGAGAUGACAUUCCUACCAGCGAGACACCCAAUGAGAGUGAGGGUGUUAGCAGUACCAAGUCAGAAGAGGAACAGGAUUCCCCAUCUACCAUGGCUACUACUGCCACCCCGUCUGUAUCCACACCUGCGGGCGAGUCAACGCCCUUGCCUCGGUCUACCGAGAAUGAUACAUCCGCAGAACAUAUCUCUCGACUACUACGCAUUUCAACCGCAUUGGCAUUUAUGAAAGAAUCGUAUCUGUCGAACGCUUUAUCCACUCGCAUUGAUGAAAUGCUUGCGGCUCCUGAAAGCCCUUUGGAUUUCAAGCCUUUGACGGAGCGUUUGAAGGAGCUUGUUGAUCUUCGUGCUCAGGCCGCUGCAUCACGCAGCCUGUCUGAUUUCAGUCGUAAACGUGCCCUGGAUGAUGAGGAGGUCGAGGAUCGUGCGGAGAAGAAGCGCAAGAAGGAAGAAGAGGCAAAGAAAACCAAGGCUUCCGAGUCUCGUGGCGUUCGGGAUUUGAAGAAGGUCAAUACUACUGGUAUGAAGAAGAUGAGUGAUUUCUUUGGAAAGGCUGCACCCAAGAAGAAGACUUGA